GACCAGGUGUUCAGUUGUUAUAGGACCUACCUCCGUCCAUUUACAAAGUAUGGAUCUUAAUCCUAUGAUGCACUGCAAGACCUCUCCAAAACCAUAUUUAUCUUAUUCCAUUGAGGAGAUAUUGAAGAAACCUUGUUCUGCUUCUAAGGAAAAUAUACACCUGGAAUAUUCCUCAAAGAAGGUUCCUCAAGAUUCCAAAUCGCCUGUUAUCCAGAAUGUCGGUUCAGAUUUGAUAUCCCAACAAAAUUCAAGUUCUCAUUUGGAUACUAGCUGUGAAAAGUUUUCUUCGUCUAUUUCGCAUCAAGAGGGUGAUGAUGAAAUGAGUGAUUCUAUGCAAGUUAGCCCCAAAAGUGAAUGCAAGAACAAAAGACGGAUUAGAACCACUUUUACCAUGGAGCAAAUCCAGGAGCUGGAGAGGAUAUUCCAUGUGACACAUUACCCAGAUGUUCAGACAAGAGACAAGCUGGCCGCAAAGAUCAAACUCCCCGAAACACGAGUUCAGAUUUGGUUUCAGAACCGGCGUGCUAAGUGGCGGAAAUAUGAAAAGCUUGGAAAUUUUGGAGGCCUCCAGCACCUUACUGCAAUAAAUGUGGUCCCAGCGCCAAAAGCAGAUUCUAUGGACUUCACUUUACAUGUAAAGACAUCUCAAGAUGAAUCAACAUGUGGCUAUUACUUACCUUUUCAAGGUCACUUUAACUCAGUAGUAUCCUUGGUGCCCAACUUGGGCUCUGUAACUUCACAACAACCAACAUCAAUGAGGUCAGCGCCAUACUACAUUCCCUUUCCUCGUAGAACCAGCUACAGUGGUGUCCUGGCCACUCCAACUUAACUCCACGAUGUGACUGAGCUCAAGGAGAAUCUUUUGACAUGUCUUUUUUGUGCUACAUGGCAUGAGCAGCACAGUACAAUAUGCAGCAGAUGGGGUCUGCACUUCAUCAGGGGAAGAAAUAUAUCGGUAACUAACAGCAAGCGGUUAAUUGCUCCUCUCCUGAGGAUGAUGAGAGACGUUUCACCACAAAACGUCAUUUAUCUGUUGUUUAAAAACUGCAGACAAACACACAGAAAUAAUUAAAACACCUUAUCAUUUAUUUAUACCCUCAAUGCGGGCAGGAAAAUUGUGGAAAGUGCAAGCAGAUGUUACUGAAGUCCAUUUAACUAGGAUUCAUGGGACCACUUUAGAAGACGAGUCAAUCUGAUGACUUCAAGGAUUUAUACGAUUGAAAAGUGGAAAAUUAAGGCCACGGGUUGACGAGCUUGCAAAAAAAAAGGUUUCCAGAGACAAAUUUCCAAGACGAAAGUGAUACGAGGGAUCGGGAAUCCCAUCUGCUGAUGUUUUUUUUUUGCAAAUUAAGUUAGCAAAAUGGAAGUUUUUAUUGUUCUGCCUCUUGAAUUUAGAAGAUCUGCAACUUCUCCUGCAAGUGGAUAAAGGACAUAAUGAUCAAGAACAAUUAUACAAUUUAAUUGUACAUAGAGUUUAUGGGUUUUCGAUGACUAGUAGAAAUGAAAUAGUGUAAAAGCAGUAGUGAGCAUGCAGUGAAUUGGUGAGCACAGAGUUGUGCGCAUAUAGUAAAAUAAGGAGCAAACAGUAGUGAGCUUACCGUGGGGUGGUGAGUCAGUGAAGUGAGCGUACACUGGAGCCCACUUUCUAUUCGCUGUGUUACAGAUAGGCCCAGAGACAAACAACUCCCUAUAUCUAGGCUUCUUUGACCUGGGGCUGUAAAAUAUUGGGCAUAAUUGAGUUAUACAUUUUAGAAAUCCCAUUUUCAAAUACCCUAAGAAGUAUGACAUUUUAACUGUUGCUACCAGAAGUCUUUUUCUCCCGUUACUGUAGGUGCCCAAAGCGCUUUUCUCUGUCUGAACACAAAUAAAUCCUGCAGCUGCAAAGUCCUCUGAUUAACCCCUUCACUGCUCUUGACCCCCAUGAUUAUUUAUUUUUACCCCCUCCCUGCCCUAAACCACCAGGGAUGCCUAAACUAAGCCCUGAUCUGCCCUAGACCACCAUGAAUUUGGGUAUAAACCCACACCACAUACCACUACACCACCAGGGGUACCUGAACUAACCCCUGUACUGUCGUAGACCACCAUGAAUUUGGGCAUUAACCUACACCAUACCAUUCUACACCACAAGGAUGCUGAU